AGAAAUACGCAAUAUUAGUUUACUUUCGACAACUUUAGAAUGGAAGUUCAAAAUUUUAUCAGAAGAUUUCACUCCGACCUAUUUUAUCUUGGAAGAAAACACCAAAAUGUUCUUACUCUUGCAAUCAAAAUUACUUUGGCCAUCACAGGAGUUCUCUGUUUUGUUUGCUUACGAAGCUGUAUGGGUCCAGAUAUAGUUGUAAUUCCAACUAUAAACUUAGAACAAGAAGUUUGGGACCAUACGGAUGAGGUGAAUGGAAUUGUAUCUGUUAAGUUAAUGUACGCAGAAGAAGACAUUUCUCAGGAGCAUAUCCAAUCGCCUUUUUUGGGAAAAUUACUUUAUGCUUCAACCAUCAUUGGAAACUGGAUAGCGGGGUUGCUUAACAUUCUCGGCAAAGUAUUCUCAUGGAAAUGUGAAAGCUUUCAUGCCAUUUUUAGAGGCCUAGAAUGGUUUUUUGCCUGCAUGGAAAAGGCAAUUGUACCUUUACCUAAGGUAACUCUUUCCAAAAUUUCGGCUGAAGAUGGAAGUUUAGUACGCAACUUGCUGGAGUUUUUGUUGGGUUUUCUUGUGGUCUGCCUGCUGACAGCUAUUUGUGUGAUUGCUACGAGGAAACAUGGAAACACUGUUCUCAGAAUCAAUUCUUUUGGGAACUGGGAAUACGCUCCAAGUCUACAGAGAGAGAUGUUCGAGAAAAAAACUAAUCGGUUUAGAAAACCAAUAUGUGAGUAGAGAUGAUCAACUUAGCAUAAACAUUAGCCUUACAUAUAAUAAAUUCAAUUGCACUUUACUUUA